GAUGUCUACCAAAGAUGGCCUCCACUUUUUUCCUUUAAUAUCUGCUUACAAAGUCAGCCCGAAACCUGUGUUUCUUUACGAGUACUGCAACACAUUUGGCCGUUUAUAUCGUAUCGGUAAAUUCAAAGCUUUAGCUUGAGAAGCAGUUUCCCUGUAAGUUUCAAAAGACGGUAUACACUUGAUGUUCCCCUGAUUGUUAUCUCGCAAAUUCUCUACUUGAUGUAAAAGCAAAAUGAACUAUUCAUUCAAAACCGUUUCCACAUGGAACGAGUACCAUAAACAUGCUUCAAUUAUUGUACCCUCCCGCAAGUCAAAUUCUUCAAUAGACCUUUCAAUAGGUAUGAGUUCUUCACAAAUGCAUAAUAACCCAAAAGAGAAAUCAACGUCAACCACGAAUAGCCAUGGUAGCUAUAAUAGUCCGGCAUCCCAUUAUGUUCCUUUCAGCGUCGAUAACUGCAAGCUGAGAGAGGAUAUAAACUAUUUAGAUGGCCGUGAUGCAGAAAGCAAUUUGAAAUUCCAGAAUAUAGAAUCUUUCGUCAAUAUGAACGACAGCAUGGAAAGGAUUGCUGUAUCGUUACAAAAAUUGAUUUCAGAAGCCCAAACAAGUCUUCUAUCAUCUAUACAAUAUGGCAAGUUGACAUUUGUUAGGCCAUCGGUGAAAUCACGUUCUGAAAAGUGUAGAAACUAUACGAACAUUAAGCAAAACAAAAACCGUAAUGCAUAUAUCCAGCAGAGGCAGAAAUCCUUGAGAUUCCCUAUAAAAAGCGUCGAACGAACAAUAUACAAAUCGAAAAGUCAGUCUAUCCAACGCCAUUUAUUGUCUCCCAAGACUCGUAAUUGGUCUAUCGACUAUCACUAUCAUUAUUACCAUAAUGAGCACAAUACUGAUAUUCCAAAAAGCAGUGGUUUCUCAAAAAAAAGAGCACCAGCAGUAAAUAAAAAACGGUACUUUUCAGAACGUCCAAAGAAGAUUUGGAUACUACUUCCUCUAGCCUUAUUUAUCAGUUACAGCGCAGCCAAAUCACAAAAGUUGGCUGGCAAAAUUCGAAUUUUUGAAACCACUCUAUUGCCGAUUUUUUGUUUGAUUUUCUUUUAUGUAUACCGUCGACAGCUUCCCAUUUUUGUCCUUUUCGAAAAACCCUUUCAAUCAUACCGUGGUAGGAAAAACAACAAAAAAUGGAUUAGGCUACAACAACUAUUCAAGCAGGUGCUUCUCUGUGCAAAUAAUCUAGUUAUGUAUUUAUUAUGAAUUUUAGUUUUUAUUCAAUAAACGAUAUAUCAAACCCCAUUAUGAAAUUAUUAUAAACGCUUAGCCAGAAGCUCAUUUGGAUGUACAGUCUAA